AUGGAUAUGAAGAAUGAUUUUCUUCAAGGAGAGCUGGAGGAUGAGGUUUACAUGAGGCCACCUACGGGUAUGGAAGAUAUGGUUAAGCCAGAGAAUGUUCUAAGGUUGAAGAAAGCAAUCUAUGGAUUAAAACAGUCACCGAGAGCUUGUGACAAGGAAGGUAUCAUCUUGACUAAAGCUUUCCUUAAGACAUCCUUUGAUAUUAAAGACUUGGGGGAGUUAAAGUACUUCCUAGGGAUUGAGAUAUGUCGAUCAAAAGAAGGAUUAUUCCUAUUCCAAAGGAAGUACACUCUUGAUUUGUUGAGUGAGGCAGGUGAGCUUGGAUCAAGAGUAGCAAAGACUCCUCUUGAAGAUGGCUAUAAAGUGCUGCGUGAGGGGGAGUUUGAAGACAAACCCUAUGAAGAUGUCAAACACUAUAGGAGAAUGGUUGGGAAGCUCAUUUACCUUAUCAUAACCAGACCAGACGUGUGUUUUGCAGUCAAUUAA